AUGAGCACUGGCACUGUGUCCUACGAUUCUCGGCCGCCACAUGUUCAUUUCAUCGACAAACUCAAUGCUGCUUAUGAGGUAGAUUUAUAUUGUGUUAGGGGGACAGAAUUAAGUGAACGGCUUAAUAUGUUAUAGUAGGUCUCAAGUUCUUCAUAAUUGACUUGAAUGAGAAAGUUCGCCUAGGCUAGCCCCGGCAAGGAUUAGGCAGGCAGAUGUGACUAAAAGCCCUCGACAGAGGCCGGCUUGCCACAGGUGGCUGAAGGGUUGGUGCCUAACUCAAGGUUUCAGGGGCCUAUCUUAGGUCUUACAACGAAAGAUUUUAUUUGCAAAAAAUACCCUUAAUUUUAAGUUUUUUUACUUUUCAGGCCAAGCAAGACUUCCGGGAUCAAUCGAUCAAAGAGACAGAAGUCCAGAUUCUAUUAGUUGGGAAUCAGCCAUACUGUAAGGAGAUCGGCCCAACCGCCUUGAAAGUGAUUAAUCGUCGACGAACCAAGGAAUGUUGUACUAGAAAGUUCAAAACCGACUGCGCGGACAAAGAUGGGUCCUUGAUGUGUGAGGUAGGGGAAUAUUGUAGUAGGGUUUAGUACUUUUUAUAUUACAGUAGCUACAGUGAGUACUAUAUACACAAUUUUGGUCUAAAAUAGAGUAGAGUAAGGUAGGGUAGGGUAGGGUAGGGUAGGGUAGGGUAGGGUAGGGUAGGGUAGGGUAGGGUGGGGUAGGGUAGGGUAGAGUAGAGUAGAGUAAAAUGAUAUAAAAUAUUGUUUUAUAAUAGUUGAUCGAUGACGCAUUUUCGAGAAUCUUGAGCAAGCAGAACAAGCACAAUUUGCCAUUGAGGAUUCAUAUUGGAAACCGAAGAACUCCGACCGCUCCAAGAACUAUUGAGUUCACUAGCGUUGCCGAAGGCUAUUCUAGUACUAGCAGCGAAAGCUUUGAUACUGUAAGGGUUUUUGACAUUUUCUAACUUUAAACUUUGUUUUUUGGUCCGAAAGUUCAUGGAAAUUACUUUUUAUUUAAAUUUUUUGAGGUUUUAGGCCUAAAAAUUAGAAAAUCAUCCAUGAAAUCAUCUUUUUUACAAUGUAAAAAGGUUUUUAUAACCUUUCAGCCCAUUUAUUGUAAUUUAUUUUUGUAAAAGUUAACGUCUUAGUACUUUAAUAUCAUAGUUAAAAACUGUAGUCAACUUUACAGUAAAUAACACAAAGUUGCAGUAUAUUGCCCAUUCUUUAGGUAGACGAAACUCCAUUGGUGGAACAAGGCCUCAGUGAACAAAACCUUGAAGAUGAGGGUGCAGCUCGUAGAAAGAAGGUGGGUACUGUUCCUAUUUUGUAAUAAAUAUAUCACGGUGGAACCGCUGUAUAACGAAUUCCUCGGGGAUUUUAAAUUUAUGCUUUAUGAAUUAGUUUCAUUAUACACGAGUUUUAAAUGCACUGUGUAUUGAUAGACCGGGAUGUAAAAGUUACUCGUUAUACAGAAACAUUAUCAUAGAGGAGUUUGUUAUACAGAAGUUGUCGUUCGUUGUGGGGCCAAAGCUAAACCCUGUAACUUUUAUUCAAACCCAGCCUUAGGGCCUUUCCAUUUUUUUUAAAUUUGCUUCGGCCCGGCCUCUAAUAAUAAUUUUUCUUUUUUUUUCAGUUAUUCCCUGAAGCACCAUACGAAAACCGAUCAGCUCCACCGCUUCACAAUGCAUCGGAAAUCGAGAAGAGAUUGCAGAAAAUCGGGAAAAAGUGCUGA